GCGUUUUGGAACAGCUGACCGUGCGGUGGGUGGCACAGCACAAGACGAGUAACUGCUGCUGUUUAUGUCGAGUGGCCACAGGACUGAAAGCAAAAGCAAAAUCAACACGGCAUUUUGAAUUUUAGCACCACUUCGCCACAGAGAAUCUUUUACAUCCGAACAUGGCUGAGACGGAUCCCAAGUCGGUGCAGGACCUCACUAACGUGGUCCAGACACUGCUGCAACAGAUGCAGGACAAGUUCCAGACCAUGUCAGACCAGAUCAUCGGGAGGAUUGACGAGAUGAGCACGCGUAUCGAUGAUCUGGAGAAAAACAUCGCUGACCUGAUGACCCAGGCCGGUGUUGAAGAGAUCGAGGCGCCACCGGAGAAGGCUAAAGAAGGCCAAGGAUCAUAAUGAAGGUUCAUAAAUAACCACGUGUGAAGUCGGUCUUUUUUGCAAGAGGAGCAGACUUUUCCAUACCGAAAAUGACUUCUAUUGAUUUGGUGUGUCGUUGUGUGAAAUGCUUUUUUAUAUAUUGAAUAUUGUGAAACGGUUACAGUUAUGUAAUGACUUGAAGAGUUGAACGUUAUUUCUAAGCUAGAAUAGUGUGAUUUGCCCUUCAGACGUGCUCACGUGCAGCUUAUGGAGUUGAUGCACCAGCCUGGAGGUCGUCGCGCUGCCACUAUGUACAUGCAUCACAUUAGUUAGACCCCUGGAGGCAGUGGUGGCCAACGGGGACGGCGUCGCCCCGGCCUGUGCUGAGAAGUACAUCCCGCAGGCCGACGGGUUCAGUAAAACCACCAUCCCAACACGGGCACAGCGAAGAUUUGAAGUUUGCAGUGUUUGAUAAAUGACACUGUUACUACCGAGGUGUGGGACGCAUUCCAAUUCUGAUUUUCUUCUAUUAAAGUUAUUUAAUACAC